UCACUCCCAGGCCCUGGCAUACAUGGAUGGACAGCUCUGGCAGUCUCAACUUCUCCUGGCAAGAGGUGCCUACAGAAAGGCAUAGCAAAAUUUCCAUCUGCUCCAGCCCCAGUGGCAAUCUCUCCAGCACCCAUGGUAAGCUGUUGCUUGGAGCUGAUGCCCCUCGCUCCUGUUUUCUAGGCUCUGGCUCUUUUUUUUCCCAGCUUGAUCCUGAAAACACCGGUUUCAUUGGUGUGGAGACCUUUGCCAGCCUGGUGCACAGCCAUGAGCUGCCCCUGGACCCUGCUAAGCUGGAGAUGCUGGUGGCUCUGGCACAAAGCAACGAUGAGGGGCAGAUCUGCUAUCAGGAGCUGGUAGACCUGAUCAGCAGUAAACGCUCCAGCAGCUUCAAGCGAGCCAUCGCCAAUGGGCAGAGGGCACUGCCCCGCGAUGUGCUGCUGGAUGAGACAGGCCUGGGCUUCUACAAGCGCUUUGUCCGCUACGUGGCCUAUGAGAUCCUGCCCUGUGAGAUGGACCGACGCUGGUACUUCUACCAGCAUCGCACCUGCCCCCCGCCCAUCUUCAUGGCAGCCGUCACGCUCACCCAGAUCAUCGUGUUUCUGUGCUAUGGGGCUCGGUUGAACAAGUGGGUGCUGCAGACGUACCACCCGGAGUACAUGAAGAGCCCGCUGGUCUAUCACCCAGGGCACCGAGCCCGUGCCUGGCGGUUCCUUACCUACAUGUUCAUGCACGUUGGGUUGGAACAGCUGGGAUUCAAUGCCCUCCUCCAGCUGAUGAUCGGGGUCCCCCUGGAGAUGGUCCAUGGUAUCUUGCGCAUCAGCUUCCUCUACCUAGCGGGAGUGCUGGCAGGCUCCCUGACUGUCUCCAUCACGGACAUGAGGGCCCCGCUGGUUGGAGGCUCAGGAGGCGUCUAUGCCCUCUGCUCUGCUCACCUGGCCAAUGUUGUCAUGAACUGGGCAGGGAUGCGUUGCCCCUACAAGCUGCUCCGGAUGGUCCUGGCCCUUGUGUGCAUGAGCUCAGAGGUGGGUCGAGCCGUCUGGCUCCGUUUCUCCCCUCCCCUGCCAGCCUCUGGCCCCCAACCCAGCUUCAUGGCUCACCUAGCAGGUGCCAUUGUGGGCAUCAGCAUGGGGCUGACCAUCCUGCGCAGCUAUGAGGAGAACCUGCAGGACCAGUGUGGCUGGUGGGUCGUGCUACUCUCUUAUGCCACCUUCCUCGUCUUCGCUGUCUUCUGGAACAUAUUUGCCUAUGACCUGCUGGGGGCACAGAUCCCACCACCGCCAUAGCCUCCCCUGGGUCUCCAGCAUCCUCCCCCGAAAGUGCCAAAACCCUGAUGACACGGGUGCCAGCCCCGUGCCCGGGGGCCUGCACUGGACCAGACGCGCGCUGGCUUUUCUAUCGAGGUGUUCUCGCAGCCAGAGACUGAACUUGAAAUCUUCCUAGGCCCCUGCCUGAGACUGGGAGGCAGCAGCUGUGUGAUGUGGAGCCCAGCGGACCCGGGCACUGGGCACUGGGCACCCUGCCCACGUGGCAGAGUGGGGCCCUUCACCAGAGGCCAGAUCGGCUGUGCAUGCACAUGCUGGGUGUGAGCGAGGGCAGUGUGCCCACCCCUGUGCAAACAUGUUUGCUGUGUGUGUUGUGCCACCCACCCCAGCAAGCAGGCCUGGCCCCCAAGCUGAGUGGGAGUGAGCAUGCAUGUUCCCUUAUGCCAGGGUGGCAGUGCCAGGGUGCUCAGUUGAAUGUACAGUUUUCAAGCUCCCUUCCCUCCCACAUCCCUCGCUGCUCAGUUCACUGAGUCUCCCUCAUAGGCUCAGGCAGGCCAGCUCCUCUGCUGUAGACAGCAGGAACACUGCAGGGACCCCAGUGAAAUACCACCCCAUAAGAAGAUGGUUCAGCCUCUCCUCUCUUUCCCUUACAUGCCGUAUGCAGACCCCUAACUGCAGAGUCCUCUCCAACCCCUGCUCUUCAGGGCUGGGCACAGGUGGGAGCAGCAUGGGGAAGGCCAGCAGCAGAACAGAGUGCCUCUGCCGUGUAGAGCACGGGGCCGUGCAGACCGGUGCAGGGACAACAGUACCAGGGAGUGGAGCCCUCAGGUUGGCCACAGGCUUCAGAGUAGGUCAGGGGGUUCCCAGCUAGGAGAAAUGCCUGCUUGUUUGUUCGUAGGAAACAGCCAUAGAAAAUUAAGGUCUGGUCUCUUAGCCAAGGGGCACCAAAAUGCUGUUCAGUUUGAUUUCCCCCUCCUUCCCCAGCCCACCUAGAUCUCCCUCAGCACCGAGUUCAGGGCUCAUCUUGAUAGCUACCCUGUUGGUAGGAGCCUGAGCCUCUGUCUCCUGACCAGAACUGCACCUGUUGUAUAUGAUGUCAAAUCAGUGUUUCCCCCUAUGCUAUCAGAGCUGAGAUCUGCACAACUCAUCUCAGCAGUGCCCCGAGUUUGGCUGUUUAGAUCACAAAGCCCAUGUGUCCCCAGAACUUCCAUAGCUGGCAUUUGACUCAGCCCAGAGCAUUACCUCUCUGAUGGCAUAUUGGCGUGGGCAGCAGGGAGGUCUCUUGCAAUGGGUUCUCAAUGCAAAUAGGGUGAGGAGCAGAGGGGAAAAGGCAGGACCCGCACCUGGAAUCUGAACCUUUUUGGAGUAUAAAUAAAUAUUUUGCACAC